UAAGAAAAAGCAUCAUUUUUCUUUCACUUCGAAGCGGGAAAAACAUUUUCUCUUCAGUCACCACCAUAGCCAUUGAUACACUCCGCUAGGUCUUUUCCAAGAUCAGAUUUUUUCUCCCUCAAUAGUUCCAAGCAUGUCUCAAUUCAAAUGUGAAGAAGCUGAUAAAAUGUUAGAUGCUUUUAUCUAUGGUUAUCUGAUGAAGAAACAAUUGUAUGAAACUGCACGAACAUUUCAUGAUGAAGGCAAGGUUGCACCGGAUAUUGCUACAGGUGCAUCUACUGAUUUUCUCUCUGAUUGGUGGUCUGUCUUCUGGGACUUGUUUAUGGCCAGAAUAGGUCUGUCACACUCAGAAGCAGCAAUAUCUUACCUUAAUUUCCAACAAAUUAAGGCUCAAGAAAUGCGGAAGCAAGGAGAGCAAGAGACAAUCCAGGUUUUCUCACAGAGCCCUGCUCAGCAGCAGCAAUGUUGGGGUGAAACUCAAAUUGUUAAUGGCAGUGUUCUCUGUCCCAUAAACAACGAUCCUUUGGUGAGGCAGAACUGGGUAACUUCGAAUAGAAUGGCAUCAAAACUAAAUGAGGCCAGACUGAAGCGUCCCCUCCAGGGAAAUGCUUUACAUGACACGACCAUUAAGAAAAUGAAAGCUAAUAGCGCUGGUCAGAUUCCGAGCAAAGAUUACGUCUGGAUGAUGAACGAAUUAGCAGCAAUGACUGGUGGACAGGCUUCAGGACAAACAUUGCUCCGCGCACCUAGCUUUUUACAAGAAAAUCUUCAACAAGAUCAAAAUCAGAAUCAUCAACUUCCAGGCUCUACACAAGUCAUGAACAGUGAAAUGAAUGCAAUGAUGAGAUUUCCAGCAGUUGUUUCAGAAGGAUCCUUUAUCAGUGUUCACGGUUCAAAUCAAGGCGGUAGCAAUUUGACUAUGAAAGGACGGCCUUUAGCAGGACUGGAUCAGCUUAAUCCAGAACUUCUCCAGUACUGUAUUUUGAUGCAGUCUUCACAAUCUUUCAAUCAAUUUCUACCACGUCAGCAACAUAUGCUUCAGGCAGAACAUAAUUUAGUUAAUCCAUCUGUCACUGGUUUUGAUAGCCAAAGACCAAGGGUGCUUCUUAAUAAUCAAGAUAAUGGUCCCAGGAAAGAUGGCCAAUCAAAUUCUGUAGGUGAUUCAAUUCCUAAUAUUAUAACACCUGCACAAAUUGGUUUCCCUGAAUUGCCUAAUCUGGACUUGGAUAUGUUCCUUAAGGCUUCCAAAAGUCAAGUCGGGCAAAAGCUAAAGCGAAAUAAUGAUUUGGACUCACUUGCAUCAACACAGAAUCAGUUGGCUGAUAUGGACCAUCUUACGGGUGAUGAAUCUUUGGGAGACAACGUAGAGUCAUUCUCAUCUCUCGCUGAUACAGACCAUAAAGGGCGAGUUGACAAAGGAUUCUCAUUUAAGGAGGUAAAGCAUGCAAUGGCUAGUUCACAUAAAGUUGACUGUUGUCACUUCUCCUUUGAUGGAAAACUGCUUGUUACUGGUGGUCGUGAUAAAACGGCUUCUCUGUGGUGCACAGAAUCGUUUAACCUGAAAUCUACUCUUGAAGAGCACACUCAACGGAUAACUGAUGUUAGAUUUUGUCCAAGCAUGUUGCGUGUUGCUACUUCCUCAGCCGACAAAACUGUAAAGGUUUGGGAUGCUAAUAAUCCGAGGCAUUCUCUUCAGACAUUUACAGGGCAUACAACAACUGUGAUGUCACUAGACUUUCAGCCAAGUAAGGGCGAUCUUAUUUGCUCUUGUGAUCAUAAGGAGAUAAGAUGUUGGAGUAUUAAAAAUGGUAGUUGUGUUGGGGUUUUCAAGGGUGGUGUAACUCUGGUGAGAUUUCAACCGGGUUUGGGAAAACUUCUUGCAGCAGCAGUAGAUAAUCAAAUUCUCAUUGUUGACGUAGAAAAUCUGAGUUGCAGACUUAAAUUGCAGGGCCACAAGAGCCGUGUUCGAUCGGUGUGCUGGGACUCUUCUGGAAAUUAUCUUGCAUCUGUUAGUGAUGAUCUAGUUAGAAUCUGGGCUGUUGGAUCUGAUAGUGGCUGGGAAUGUAUUCACGAAUUGAAUACAGCUGGGUCUGAGAACAAAUUAAAGACCUGUGCUUUCCAUCCCAUCUAUCAUCUUCUGGUCAUUGGCUGCCAUGAGACUCUUAUGUUGUGGGACUUUAUGGAGAGGAAAAUAAUGACUGUGCUCGCACAUGACAAGCUUGUAUCCGCGUUGGCCGUAUCCGACGUUACCGGAUUGAUGGCUUCAGUUAGUCAUGACAAGCAUUUCAAGAUCUGGAAGUGACUUGCACUUGCUGUUCAACCAACAUAGGGAAGGUUUUUUUGUAUAUCCCUUUUUGUUCCUACUUCCUCACAUAGGUCUUAUACAACAAGCAGUAAAUGGCAUGUUUAGUAUUUGUUGCCAAUGUAAGUAAGGCGGUUUCCUUACACUCGAGAUCAUAAAAAGUGUAUAGAAUGAAAGCAGUAGUACACCUCAUGAAAACAGAAAGAAACACUAUCAUAUACAUAUUGUUUUGUAAUUUCGCUUGGGAAAUAUAAAUAUCCUCUACAUAUUUUGUCGAAA